AUGUUCAAGGGUCAGAAAUAUCAACCAAACACAACGUUCCAGUUUGUGAAUUAUGAACAAUCUUCAUCUGGUGUGUUCAGAGAGCCAAAAAGACAGAAACUUAACAUACCAAACACCAUGAAGUUCCAACUUGCAAAUACACCACCCAAAUCCACUUCCCCAGAUCCAAACCUAACUACAAUUUCAACAACGGUGCCUGUUAGUCACACACAUACUUUUGUCGCUGAUAAUCUUACAAAUUCCCCAAAGACAUGCCGAAAGGCCUCAUAUACAAUUUUGACAACCGACCAGAAGACAAAGUUGAUUGAAUUAAUUCAAAGAUUCAGAGUUUAUAGCUCUAAACCAAAAUUAGAUGCUUGGAACGAAGUUGUGAAGAGUUAUAAUGCACAUUAUAAUUUGGAUGAUCGCGAAGGUUUGACCAUCCAACAUGCAAGAAUCAAAUUGAACCAAAUUAUUACAACAGCUGAAAACAAAGAUCCAGAAAGUCUAAGCAAACCUGAACGGAUGGCACUUGAUUAUAAUAAAGAAAGACUGGAGUUCAAAAAUGAUGUCAACAAAGAUUUGAAAUUAGAUAAGAGAUACGAAAAUAAGAAUCCUAAAUUAACGAAAGUAUAUGAAUUGAUUUUGAAACUACAACAACAGCUGGAGAAAGCUAGAGAUUCAAACUCUGGCUCGGAUUCUGAUAAUUCUUUCAAGACAGAGUUGUGGUUAUUGCAUAAGAGGGUGUUAGAUUUGAAAACUAUUGAAGAACAAUAUCAAAUAUUGGAACAGGUUGAUUAUAGUAAAGAGGGUGCUCGCGUGAAAGUCUCUAAAGAAAUGAGAGAUGAAUUACUUGCAAAAGCUGAAGAUAUUCAACUUUCUUUGGAUAAAUUGUUAUCUGGGCUUGAAACAACAGAGAAGAAUGGUGAUGGUGAACAGAAGGAAUCACCAGAGGUAGUUAAUGAAAAUGAUGUCGUUGAUAUUGAAUUGUUAAACCAGAAAGAAUCUGAAUGA